AUACCGGUCUUCUGAAAUUGGUACAAAGUUAUAUUAGUUUUUUAAUUAAAUUUUUUUUAGAACGUUGUAUUUGUAUUAAUUCGUAUUGGAUGUCAUGUCACUGCUUUUCAUUAACACAAGUAAUACGUAAUUAAAUUGAACUGUAUUUUCUUUUUUUUUUUAAAUUUGUUGAAUAGAAUAGAAUAUAACGCGAUAUUUUUUUUUUAUUUUAUUUUCGACACAUUCAUUUUUUUAUUGUAUCUUUUGUUUUUUGUAAUGGUCGUAAUAUAUAUCGUCGUAAAAUAUACGGUUAUUUAGUAUUGAAUAAACUGAUUGUUUCACUUCUCUGUUUGUAAGAAAACCUCUUCUUGAAAUUGGAAUUCGUCUUUUGUCUUCCAUGGCUCAAGCAUUGCAAACUCAUGGUGUCGUGCCCGACGUUAUAGAUAAGGUUCCAGAAAAUGUUUUAAAGGUUACUUAUCCGAAUCAAAUUUCGGUUGAUAUUGGCAAAGUGUUAACACCAACUCAGGUUAAAGAUAAACCUAAUGUUACAUGGAAUGGUGAUGCGAAUACUUAUUAUACUCUUUGCAUGACUGAUCCAGAUGCACCAAGUCGUAAGAAUCCAAAAUUCCGUGAAUGGCAUCAUUGGCUGAUAGGAAAUAUUCCUGGUUCGGAAAUUGCCAAAGGAGAUGUUCUUUCUGAUUAUAUUGGUUCAGGUCCACCAAAAGAUACAGGACUUCAUCGUUACGUAUUUUUGUUGUAUAAACAACCUGGAAAGCUCACGUUCGAUGAACGUCGUCUAACCAAUCGAAGCGGACAGAAUCGUGGAAAUUUCUCCAUUCGAAAAUUCGCUACAAAAUACAAAUUAGGUGAUCCUAUUGCAGCAAAUAUGUAUCAGGCGGAAUUCGACGAUUACGUACCGCUUCUCUACAAACAACUUGAAGGCUAAAAAUAUUUAUGUAUAAGAUUCUUAUAAAGAUCAGUACGCAACAAAAAUAUCAUUAUAUUUUAUAUUAAACGAUUGUUUAUGUAGUACCAA